UAUUAAAGUAUGUUGUCGCGAACGAAUGCUGAGUUCAGGCAGGCGGUUGGUAUUAAAUCCGCCAAUAAAAACUUUAGAACAUGUCAGCAAUAAUAUUUCCAACCUUGCGUGAAACGAGCGGAAGAGGCGAGAGGGCAGGCAGGCGUGCAUCGGUCGCGCCAGAAAGUUGUUAGCUUCUUAGCUAGCAUCAGCUUCUUCUCGGCGUUUUUGUUGUUAUAUUAACCUUUUUACUCAAUUUAAGACUUAUGUGGUACCACUGACUUGGGAAACAUAAUUCAUAUAGUAUAGACUUAUUACUUUUGCAAUGUUUCGUAGCAGCACAGAAGAGAUUGCCACUAGUGAUACUUGCGAAAGUGGCCAUACUUCUGAGGUAUCUCCAGCUGAAAGAAGCCUUGUUAAUGGAACCACUUCUUGUAAUCCGGUAUCAGCCUCCCCUGGUUUGUCCUGUCAAAGUCUGGAAGAAGGGAGUAGUCACUCCAGCAGUGGUCCAUCACUUCCUCGCCCUGCCCCGGAAAGGACACGCCACACAGGAAGGACAAAUCCACCCCACCUUGCAUGUACCUCAGACAGCUCCUACCGCGGAGGAACACCAAGCCUAAGGAAAACCCCUGGUUCUGUGAGGGCCACACACCUUGCACGGACACCGGUGACUGAUACUGUUACAAGUUGCCCCUCUUCUACCACGGCUUCUGGUACAACUGUGGUUAUAGCCUUGGUUGAAGGGCGCGGGUUGGCCAGGGGAGAGAUUGGAAUGGCCAGUCUUAACUUGAAAUGUCCAGAGCUUGUACUCUCUCAGUUUGCGGACACUGGAACAUAUGCCAAGGUCAUAACCAAGGUCCACAUUUUGUUUCCAAUGGAAAUACUGAUGCCAGACACUGCUUGCGAGAAGGGAAAAGGGACAAAGCUCUUUAGUCUUGUCACAGAGAAUCUCCAGGGUGUUGCAUUCACUGCAAUUCAAAGGAAAUAUUUUAAUGAGAAGAAAGGCCUGGAGUAUAUCCAGCAGCUCUGUGCUCCAGAAUUUAGCACUGUCCUGAUGGAAGUUCAAGCAAAAUAUUAUUGCUUAGCAGCUGCAGCUGCUUUGCUGAAAUAUUUGGAAUUCAUUCAGAACUCCGUGUAUGCUGCCAAGUCGCUGAAAGUGAGCUUUAAAGGAAGCGAACAGACGGCUAUGAUCGACUCAGCGUCUGCCACUAACAUGGAGCUUGUGGUCAACAACAGAGACCACAGGAGCGACCAUACCCUUCUAGGCGUCCUUAACUACACGAAAACACCCGGUGGCGCCAGACGGUUACGCUCCAAUAUUCUGGAGCCUCUGAUAGAUGUGGAUACCAUCAACAUUCGCUUGGACACGAUACAAGAAAUGCUGCAGAAUGAGGAGCUCUUCUUUGGACUGAAGAAUGCUAUAGGUCACUUCCUUGACAUUGACCAGCUGCUCUCUGUUCUCGUCCAGGUCCCAAAACAAGAGACAUUUCAGGUUGCGGAAGCGAAGAUUACACAUGUCAUUCAGCUGAAACACACUUUGGAUUUGGUGCCACAGUUGAGGGUGGUGUUAAAGAACUGCAACACAGCUCUUCUUAAAGCAUACAGCACUUCACUUGAGGACAGCAGAUUUGACAUGAUUUUGAAGCAGAUCCUUACCGUUAUUAAUGACGACACCACCUACCUGAAGGGGAACCUCAACAUGCGCACACAGAAGUGCUAUGCCGUGCGGCCCAACGUCAACGAGUUCCUGGACAUUGCCCGACGAGCUUAUACCGAAAUAGUGGAUGACAUUGCAGGACUAGUAAACCAGAUGGCGGAGAACUAUGGCUUUCCCAUGCGCACAAGCUUCAGCACCGCUCGAGGUUUCUUCAUCCAGAUGAAGCUGGAAGGAAGGUUCUUGCCUGAGGGCAAACUACCUCCGGAGUUCAUUAAGGUGGUCAAACACAAGGACAACUAUAGCUUUACCACUGCCGAUCUGGUGAAGUUGAACGACCGCUGUGAUGAGGCCCUGAGAGAGAUUGUUCACAUGUCCUAUGUGGUCGUAUGUCAACUGCUCGGCACUAUCCGUGAGCACAUCCAUUGCCUCUAUAAACUGUCGGAUGCUGUGUCGAUGCUGGAUAUGCUGCUGUCCCUGGCAAACGCCUGCACCCUCUCUGACUAUGUGCGACCAGAGUUCACAGACACAUUAGCCAUCAAACAGGGUCGUCAUCCCAUCUUGGAGCGAAUGCCCGGACAGCAGCUUGUCUCUAACAACUGUUAUGUCUCCGAGGGGAGCAACUUUGUCAUCAUCACAGGGCCCAAUAUGAGCGGGAAAUCCACAUAUCUCAAACAGGUGGCACUGUGUCAGAUCAUGGCUCAAAUAGGUUCUUUUGUCCCUGCUGAGUAUGCUUCUUUCCGUGUGGCAGAUCAGAUUUUCACCAGAAUUGGUGUUGAUGACGAUUUCGAAACGAACUCUUCCACAUUCAUGUUGGAAAUGAAGGAGGUGUCAUACAUAAUCCACAAUGUCAGUGAACGCUCCCUCAUCAUCAUUGAUGAGCUGGGCCGUGGCACCAGUGCUGAAGAAGGCAUUGGAAUAUGUCACUCAGUUUGUGAGUUUCUCCUCAGCCUCAAGGCCUUCACCCUGUUUGCCACACACUACCUUGAGCUGUGCCAACUCGAAUCUCUGUAUCCCGGUGUGGACAACCAGCACAUGCAGGUUCAGCACACACGCACUCGUGACACUGGCACUGAGAGCAUAGUGUACACACACUUACUGAGUCAAGGAUUCUCUGAAGAAAGACAUUACGGCCUCAAAGCGGCAGAAAUGACCUCACUUCCUUCGAGCAUAAUCCAGGAAGCAAAGACAAUUGCCUCCAAAGUCAGCAAGCAGCUUUUGGCCAAGCGUAAGUGUGAUCCAGAAACAGAGAGGCAGCGCGCUUUACACCGCUUGGCCACCCGCCUCCUGCAGACUGCCAGAAACUCCAGACUUGACCCGGAUAGCCUACGCAUGUAUCUCAAGGGCCUAAGGAAGCAGUAUGAGGGAGAGCUGGAAGCUAUAGGGCUGCCAGUAUCCUCUGACACCUAAAAGAGGAAUCAAAUCUUAGAGGAAUGACUGUCCUGGAUGUGCAUUAAGUAAGAAAGUAAAAGGCUGGUGUCUUAAGUUUAUUUAGACAAGGAUGCACUUCCUUGACUUUUAUUUGCCACAAAUGUACAAUAAAAAUCUGGUGUAGAGAGAAAGUGAAACAUUUACCACUAAAAUACAGAGCAUUCACAACAUUCAGGAAAACUAUAAAUUUCAAAUUCAGAAACAUUGUUACCCAGGAAAAGAAAACAAAAGAAAAUAGAAUGUAAGUAUUCUUGUGAUUGUCAUCCAUUUUUAUUUAGGGCAUAUUUA